UUUCAGGUAUUUGAACUGAAACAUGGGUAACAGUGAUAGCGUGCCUAUUCCUGGAGGUGGCACCGAAGGAUACCAUGUGUUGAGGGUUCAAGAUAAUUCUCCUGGGCAAGCAGCGGGUUUGGAGCCCUUCUUCGACUUCAUUGUUUCCAUCGGAAAUACUCGAUUGGAUAAGGACAAUGAUACAAUGAAAGAGAUCCUCAAGCAACAUGUCGAAAAACCCAUAGAAUUGACGGUUUACAAUAGCAAAACGCAGACCGUUCGGCAGACCACUGUCGUACCUUCAGAAUUGUGGGGAGGACAAGGUCUUUUGGGAGUCUCCAUUCGAUUUUGUUCUUUUGAUGGUGCGAGUCAACAUGUAUGGCACGUAAUCUCUGUUCAGCCGAAUUCGCCUGCCUCAAUCGCCGGGCUGCAGUCGAAUACAGAUUAUAUUCUUGGCGCAGAGAGUGUUCUGAACCAAGCAGAUGACCUUAUCGCCCUUGUACAGGCUAAUGAAGGAAAACCAUUGAAACUGUACGUCUACAAUGUUGACAGCGAUGUCGUAAGAGAGGUGAGCCUGACACCAAACUCAGCCUGGGGAGGAGAAGGCUGUUUGGGUUGCGAUAUAGGAUACGGAUAUCUUCACCGAAUUCCGAUAUCUGUGGAUCGCUCGAAAUCUCCUAUUCCACCUCCGGUCAUUGCACAACAACCAGCUAAGUUACCGCAACCAGGCAACACAGGAAUACCGCAGAUUGAUCAGGUUACCAAGCCUCCGGCUCCAUCAUCAUUCCCUGAUCCGAGUCAAUUUGCCGUUACUGCUAACAUGCCACCACCAAGCAGCUUCGCACUACCACCCACAUCGUUCCCUCCGGCUCCACCCGUAUUCACACCAUUGUCCACUUCUACACCAAUGACUCAGCCACAGACCUCCAACGGGCACACUGACGGACACUCUCAUUCUCAUGAUGGACACGAUGGCCACGGCCAUAGUCAUGCACCAUCACCGGCUCAAGCUCCUGCGCAACAAAAUUACCAAACUCCGCAAACUCCCACCCAGCCCAUUUCAAACGAUUAUUACGCUCAACAACAGCAACAACAACAACAGCAGUAUUCACAAUACCGACCUCCGUCUACGAUGGCUCCAUCAUACCAAACCACAGGGGCCCCUUGUCCCGUCCCGUAUACAUCUGCUGCUUACACUACGCCAAUGACCAGCUAUCCUCCUCCGGUUCCCUCGUCUAUGCCACAGCCACCACAGCCCCUACCGCCCAAUCUGCAACCAUCAUCCACUCAAAGCUACUUUCCUCCUCCACAGCCGCCAAAUCUCACGCCUUCGAUUCCAUCUGGUAUCCCGUCAGUUGUACCCACAAUGUUUGCCACGGGCGCUACUAACGCCACAACCAAUGCAUACACUCCACCACCACCAAUCAACUUUCCGAUGCCUUCUUUGAGUUCCAUUGGAAUUACGCAAUUGGCAGCUCCACCGACAACUUCGGCCGCAGAAAAUUAUCAGCAGCAGUAUAGUCAUGCAGCUGGUCCAACUCCGCCACAGUUCUAUCCCGUCUCGCAGCCGCAACAUGUUGUCCGUCUCAUCGAGCAGUAUCUAAAGGAAAACAAUCUGAUGAGGACACUCGCUGUCUUACAAGAGGAGACGAAUAUCACUCUAAACACUGUAGACAGUAUCGACUCCUUCUCACAUGAAAUCACAAAUGGACAUUGGGAUACGGUAUUGAAGAUAAUACAACCGCUCAAGCUACCUGCCAAGAAGCUCAUAGAUUUGUAUGAACUGAUGGUUAUUGAACUGGUCGAGCUUCGUGAGUUAGCAACCGCUCGUCUCAUUGCUAGGCAAACAGAUCCAAUGCAUCUUCUCAAACAGAUGGACCCAGAAAGAUAUGCGAGGCUUGAUAACUUGAUAAAUCGGCCUUACUUCGAUCCUGGCGAAGUGUUUGGUGACAUGAGCAAGGAAAAGCGUCGGCAGGCAAUCGCUAAUUCGUUGGCUAGCGAAGUAAACGUUGUACCACCGUCACGUCUUCUGGCGUUGCUGCAACAGUCUCUGAAAUGGCAGCUUCAUCAAGGUCUACUACCUCCAGGAACGCAGAUCGAUCUCUUCCGUGGAAAAGCGGCUAUGAGAGAGCAAGAAGAUGAGCGCUAUCCGACACAGCUGGCGAGACACAUCAAGUUUGGUGCAACUAGUUAUCCACUCUCCACGGUCUUCUCUCCUGAUGGUCAAUUUCUUGUCUCCGGGUCAAAAGAUGGUUUCAUAGAAGUGUGGAACUUUAUGAACGGCAAGCUGCGUAAGGAUCUGAAAUACCAGGCGCAAGACAACCUAAUGAUGAUGGAUGAGGGCGUGACAGCACUUUCGUUCUCGAGAGAUUCUGAAAUGAUUGUUUCUGGUAGCAUAGAUGGAAAAAUAAAGGUGUGGCGUAUUCAAACUGGAGAUUGUCUGCGACGGUUUGAAAAGGCACAUAAUUCUGCGAUCAAUGCCGUGCGAUUUAGCAAAGAUAAUUCUCACGUCCUUUCGUGCGGCAACGACCAUCUGAUCAAAGUUCACGGACUGAAAAGUGGGAAGUGUCUAAAAGAGCUGCGAGGGCACACUUCAUUUGUAACCGACGUACGAUAUAUUGAAGACACUAAUCAAGCGAUCUCUUCCUCUGCCGACGGGACUCUGCGUGUUUGGAAUUUGAAAACAGCGGAAUGCGCCACCACGUUCCGAAUUGCUGGAGAUACUCCCGUAAAUUCCGUUACUCCCAUUCCGAAAACUGAUCAAGUCAUUGUUUGCAACCGAUCUAAUACCCUUUACAUUGUCAAUCCACAAGGACAGGUCGUACGAACAAUGACGUCCGGUAAACGUGGAACGGAAGGAGAAUUCAUCGCUUGUACCAGUAUACGUAUUAUAUGGAUCAUUCCCAUUGCUCCAGACCAUAAUAUGCCUGAUUUUGGAGUCUCGCUCGGUAAAUACCGGACCGUACUGCGCGUACAGAGGCCUCAUUUGGAGCAAUUCAGCGUCCUUCAAAUGAUUUCUUUGGAUUUCAUCAAGUGUGCCUAG